UAUUUCGUUAUAACAGAUUAGCGAAUACUGAACCACCACCAAAUCGGAGAGAAAGAUAAUCGUCUGUGUGUGUCAAUGGCGGCCUUAAGCAUCUCACUCGCUUUCUCUGUUGAUUCUCUUAAACCAAGCCAAUCAACGAAGUUUGGCUUCUCGUCUUCUUCACCUAGAUAUCCAUUACUCUAUUCGUGUAGAUCUCACCGCUCCAAUCUCAGAUUCGCUUUUCCUCCUUCUUCGGUUUCGACAGCUACAGAAACUGGAGAAGAAGCUACGAAACCUACCGGAAGCUAUGCGUUUCUCGAGGAAUCGUUUCGAACUGGGAGGUUUUUGAGUAACGAUGAGUUAGAGAAGUUGAAAACUCUAGAAGGAUUUGCGUAUUUUCAGGAGCUUGAAUCUGGAUCGAUGUGGGUUCGAGUUAUGAGACAUGAAGAGAUGGAUUCAACGGUGCAUCUAUUGGCUGAGUCAUUUGGUGAAUCGAUGUUAUUACCUUCUGGUUAUCAGUCUGUGUUACGGUUUUUGGUUAAGCAGUAUUUGAUUGAGAGGAGAGAAGUGUUGCCACACGCAGUGACUUUAGUUGGGUUCUUUAGGAAAAAAGUUGAUGGGUUUAGUGAUGAUGGAGAGGAGGCUGUGAUGGCUGGAACUGUUGAGGUUUGUUUGGAUAAACGAGGCGCUAAUGCUUCGCCUCCUUCUCCAACUCCUCCUAAGGAAUCACCUUAUAUUUGUAACAUGACUGUGAAAGAGGAUCUUAGAAGGAGGGGAAUUGGGUGGCAUUUGUUGAAGGCGAGUGAGGAACUGAUAUCUCAGAUUAGUCCAUCAAAAGAUGUAUACUUGCAUUGUAGGAUGGUGGAUGAGGCUCCUUUCAAUAUGUACAAGAAAGCAGGAUACGAGGUUGUUAAGACAGAUACUGUUUUGGUCCUUUUGAUGUUACAGCGGCGUAAACAUUUGAUGCGCAAGAAGCUUCCACUAUGCACCACCCCUACAGUAGAAAUGGUGGGGUCUGAUAAUGAGCUGACCUCCUCUGCAAAUGUGUAAACAUGGGAGCUAAAUGUGACAUGACCAAGGGUGCGGGUUGAUAAUCCCGUUUGCUUCAACCUAUUGUUUAUAUGAUCUUAGUAGAGGUACUUUACACGCACUCUUAUCUUUGUUAUCUGCUUCCAGUAUUGGCAGCAAUUGUUUUUCUUGUUCAUAUACAUGUGGUCAAUUCUUUAGGCAUUAGGCGAAAGAAGGAAAGAAAAAAAAGGCUACACC